UCCCCUGACCCCCUGGGUGGACAUGAGGGAACUGGUCUAUCAGUCUUGCACGGUCUGUGUGUGGGAGAAGGAGACAGAGAUCAGCACCAGGAGGAGGGAGUGUGAAGCACUUGAGGCAGAGGUGAAGAAACGCCACCAAACAUGUCAGACUCUGGAGAAUGAGUAUCAAGAUGUGCUCCAGGAGAAGGCCCACCUGAGUCUCCAGUUGUUCCACAGCAGCAAGAAGGGUUCCGAGUAUGACAAGGUGAACGCCGAGUAUGCCCAGCUCAGAGAGACGCUCGGGACGGUGACGUGGGAGCGAGAUUCAGCCGUGCAGGAGAAGAACCAGCUCCAAGGCAAACUGGAGAACCUAGAGCAGGUGCUCAAGCAUAUGCGCGAGGCUGCGGAGCGGAGGCAGCAGCUAGAGUUGGAGCAUGAGCAGGCCCUGGCUGUCCUCAAUGCAAAGCAGCAGGAGAUUGACCUUCUGCAAAAGGCUCAGGUUGAGGCUAAAAAGGAACAUGAAGGCGCGGUCCAUCUGUUAGAGAACCACUUGGACAGCAUGCAGGCGAAAGUGCGCGAGCUGGAGGAGAAAUGUCGGAAUCAGAGUGAGCAGUUCAACCUGCUUUCCAAGGAGCUGGAGAAGUUCCGGCUGCAGGCGGGGACCUUCGACAUCCUCAGCACGGAGCCGCUCACCCUGUGCGAGUCCCCAGGAUCACCCAGCAAAUCCUUGUCCCAGCUGCUCAAUGGGUUGGCCUGCCCGCUGGGGAAGGGCAACGAGGCUCCGAUGAGCAGGUCUCUGAUCUCAGAGUUCAUCAGGCCGCUCCAGAUGAGUGGGGACAAGCCUGACCUGCUGUCGCUCAAGCCCACCUUCCUCACCCGCGGCCGGGACAGCGGGCCCCGGCCGACCCUUCUCUCUGAGAUGGAGAAAGAACUGAGCUCAGCAACAAGGGUGAGGCAAAGGUUCACCGGCAAAGUCCGUCUGUGCACCGCUCGCUACAGCUAUAAUCCUUACGACGGACCAAACGAGCACCCAGAAGCAGAGCUCCCCCUGGUGUCGGGGAAGUACCUCUAUGUUUACGGGACAAUGGAUGAAGAUGGCUUUUAUGAAGGAGAGCUGCUGGACGGCCAGCAGGGUCUGGUCCCUUCCAAUUUCGUGGACUUUGUCCAAGACGAGGAGAAACCUGCCGUCCAAAACAGAGACGGUGCCAAGGAGUACGCAUACCUCAACCACAGUAGCCUGGCCUCCAAGAGACUCGGAGCAGGACUCGGCAUGGACGGCAUGAGCAACAGCCGACUGGCCAUGGACCUCCUGGGCACAUGCAGCAAUGGGACGGGGACCCUGGACGUCAGCACUGAUGAGGUUGGCGAAGACGUUGUGCCUUACCGCCGCAUCAACCUCAUUAAACAGCUGGCCAAGAGUGUGAUCGUGGGCUGGGAGCCGCCGGUGGUGCCGCCCGGCUGGGGCUCCAUCAGUGGCUACAAUGUGCUGGUGGACGACGAGGUGCGUAUGAGCGUCCCCUACGGGGGCAGGACCAAGUCCCUGAUCGAGAGGCUCAACCUGGCCACCAGCACCUACCGCGUGUCGGUGCAGUGCAUCACUGAGCGCGGCCUGUCGGACCGCCUGCGCUGCAGCCUGCUGGUGGGCAAGGAGGUGGUUGUGGCGCCCUACUACCUGCGCGUCAACAACAUCACGCAGGUCUCCGCCGAGCUCUCCUGGAUGCCCAGCAACAGCAACUACAGCCACAACAUCUUCCUGAACGGCAGCGAGUAUGACAUGGUGAAGGCCGGAGGACACCGCUACCAGUUCUUCAACUUGAAGCCCAUGACGGUGUACAAGGUGAAGGUGGUGGCCAGGGAGCAUCAGGUGCCUUGGCAGCUUCCCCUGGAGCACAGGGAGAAGAGGGAGAUCUCCGUGGAGUUCUGCACUCAGCAUGCAGGGCCCCCGUUCCCCCCCCAGGAGGUGCAGGUCCAGUGCGGUCCGACGGCGGGGAUCAUGCAGGUCCGAUGGAAGCCCCCGGACCUCUCCGCCGCCGGGACCUCCAACGGGGCCAACGUCAUCGGCUACGCCGUUUGCACAAAGGGGCAAAAGAUAGCAGAGGUCAUGUUCCCCACGGCGGACUACGUGAGCGUGGAGGUGAACCGGAUCCAGGGGCUGGAGGCCCGGGAGGUGAUAGUCAGGACGUUGUCGGCCCAGGGCGAGUCCCAGGACUCCCCCGCCGCCCUCAUCCCCCACACCCUCCUGGGCUCCCCCCGCCUCUCCCGCCGCACCACCGCAGCGCUCCACCCGCCCUACCCCUCCACCUACCCCCCCACGCACCCCCAGCCCCAGGUCCAGGCCCUGCCGUCCCGGGCCCCCCCGCACACACUGCCGCACCCCCAACUACACACUCCGCCCCCCCACCACCACCCACCCACCAAGCCCCUGCUCGGCGCCCGGGACCCCGACACCAAAGACCGCGAGGCCGGGCUGCGGGCGGCGCGACCUUGGGAGCGCUCGCCCUCGCCGCUGCCUCCCUGCAUGCGGGGCGGGCCCCACCUGGAGCCCCCCUACCUGGCGCCGCGCCGCUCGCCCUCCCCGCAGAGGAUCCUGCCCCAGCCGCAGGGGGCGCCCAUCCCCACUACCAUCGCCAAGGCCAUGGCUCGUGAGGCGGCCCAGAGGGUGUUCGCCGAGGGCAACCGGGCGGAGAAGAGGAACAUAUUCAGGGACCGGGGCAUGCACUCUGUGAACUCUGACGAGGAGGAGGACGGCUACGACGCAUCCCACGCCCGGAGGAGGGGGGCGUCGGUGGACGAGUUCCUCCGGGGGUCCGAGCUGGGCCAGCAGCACCUCGCACACCACCACCACCACAACAGCCACAGCGAGGACUACCACACGGAGAGCAGAGGGUCCGACCUGUCCGACAUCAUGGAGGAGGACGAGGAGGACCUGUACUCUGAGAUGCAGCUGGAGGAAGGCCGCCGGCGCAGCAUCAACUCCCACAGCACGCUCAAGGCGUACUACAGGCGGCAGGACUUGGCCGAGGAGCGGGACAACUGGGACCUUCAACGGGAGGUGGUGAAACAGAAGCCGCUCCGCAGCAAGCGGCUCCACAGCAUCCCGGAGGUGGCGGAGGAGGAGGCCGACGGGAACGACGCCAUGGGCCAGCGGCUGGGCCACGAGGACGGCUCCGGGGGCCGUCAGCGCCCGGGGACCCCCAACACCCAGAGACGGGACCACCACCACCACAACGCCUACCAACACGAACUGCAGCAGCAACAGCAGCAGCAGCAGCAGCCGCGCUCGCACGACCGCCUGCUGCGACGCCAGCGCUCCUCCCCGCGCUUCGCUGCCGGCUACGGCUACGGCUCGGAGGAGCGCGGUCCGGGAAGGCCCAGCCGCCAGAACACCAAGAGCCCCGACAGCGGGCUGGACUGCGGCAGCGAGGAGGAGGGCUCUCUGGGGCGGGGCUACUACUACGCCUACGCCGGCCCUGCCACCCGGGGCCCCGUCCGCAUCAUCCACUGCGAGGGCCCCGUGGAGCGGCGGGCGCUGGCCAUGGGCCGCCGGCGCACGCUGACGCGGCAGUGCAGCAUGGAGGAGGACUACUGCCGGGACGCGCCGCCGCACACGGCCCAGUCGGUGCACACAGGGGACUUCUGCAGCAGGGAGCGCACAGGGUCGGGCCGCAGGGGAGACUUGUGUUGGGAGGGCGCCCGCAGUGAGGGCUGGCUGAACGAGAUGGACAGGGUGUGUUACAGCCCGCACAGGGAGGCUAGGGCCCAGUCCAUGUCCCGACUGGGCCGGGAGCAGCCGCUGAUCAUCGGGAACUCUGCGUCCCACGGCCACUCGGACCGCCCGGACCACUCAGGGAGGAGGAGCGGCGCCCUUGGCAACCAGCGACGGCCCAUCCCGUCGAUCGAGAUCACCACGGAGUGUCACAGUGAGGAGAGUGAGGGCCUCUCCCCUGGCAAGGAGGAGGGUUACUAUGGCAGUGUAGCUCGGCGCAGGAUAUGGCGGGCUAAGUCCUCAGAGCAUCAAUAUGACGGGUACGGCGUGGGGUCCGGGCGACGCCCCGGCCGUGCCCGCCGCUCUUCCGACUGCUACGAGGAGUCGGAGGCGGACGAGAUGACCCGCAUCUUCGUGGCACUGUUCGACUACGACCCGCUGUCCAUGUCGCCCAACCCGGACGCCGCCCGCGAGGAGCUUCCCUUCAAGGAGGGCCAGAUCCUCAAGGUGUUUGGGAAGAAAGACACGGACGGGUUCUACCGGGCUGAGAUCAGAGACCGCUCAGGGCUGAUCCCUUGUAACAUGGUGUCUGAGAUCCAGACGGAGGACGAUGACAUGAUGCUGCAGUUGCUCAAGCAGGGCUUCCUUCCCCUCAACACUCCUGUAGAGAGACUGGUGAACUGUGACCGUUUCAAAGAUGGCCGCACACUAAACCGCAGGUCCAGGAAGUCCAAGAGAGAGAGGAACCGGCGCAGCGGGCGCCAGCUCUCCAUGUCCACCCGGAGGAUGGUGGCCCUCUACGACUACGACCCCAGAGAGAGCUCUCCUAACGUGGACGUAGAGUAUGAUGGUCGCAGGCUGAAUGAGGAGGCCGAGCUGACGUUCUGUGCUGGGGAUGUCAUCGUGGUGUUCGGUGAAAUAGACGAGGACGGUUUCUACUAUGGGGAGCUCAACGGACAUAAGGGACUCAUUCCUUCCAACUUUCUCGAAGAAGUGCCUGACGACGUGGAGGUCUUUCUCUCCGACCCGCCGUCCCGUUACCCCCCGGACCACCCGGGGCGCAUCAAGACCAAAAGGAAGAAGAGUGUUCAUUUCACACCUUAA